CAGCAGGUGGCAAGAGAGGGUCCCCGCGCGCGGUGACCGGGUGGCCAGGGCGGGGCUCCGCCGUCGGCGCGCGCAGCCUGCCACCCUCUUUUCUCUGAGCACCGGAAGAAGGCGGUCCUCUUUCCGUGCCCAGCGCAGCCAUGGCUCGUGGUCCCAAGAAGCAUCUGAAGCGAGUAGCAGCUCCCAAGCACUGGAUGCUGGAUAAACUGACGGGUGUGUUUGCUCCUCGUCCUUCUACCGGCCCCCAUAAGCUGAGAGAGUGUCUUCCUCUCAUCAUUUUCUUAAGGAACAGACUGAAGUAUGCCCUGACGGGAGAUGAAGUAAAGAAGAUCUGCAUGCAGCGCUUUAUCAAGAUCGAUGGCAAGGUCCGCACUGACGUGACCUACCCUGCUGGCUUUAUGGAUGUCAUCAGCAUUGACAAGACCGGAGAGAAUUUCCGUCUCGUCUAUGACACCAAAGGUCGCUUCGCUGUUCAUCGGAUUACAACCGAGGAGGCCAAGUACAAGUUGUGCAAAGUGAGAAAAAUCUUUGUGGGCACAAAAGGAAUCCCUCAUCUGGUGACUCACGAUGCUCGCACCAUCCGCUACCCCGACCCCCUCAUCAAAGUGAACGACACCAUUCAGAUUGAUUUGGAGACUGGCAAAAUUACCGAUUUCAUCAAGUUUGACACCGGUAACCUGUGCAUGGUGACCGGAGGCGCUAACUUGGGAAGAAUUGGCGUGAUCACCAACAGAGAGAGACACCCUGGUUCUUUCGACGUGGUUCAUGUGAAAGACGCCAAUGGCAACAGCUUCGCCACCCGGCUCUCCAACAUUUUCGUUAUUGGCAAAGGCAACAAACCGUGGAUUUCUCUUCCCCGCGGCAAGGGGAUCCGACUCACCAUCGCUGAAGAGAGAGACAAGAGACUGGCGGCCAAACAGAGCAGCGGGUGAAGUGACCUGUAGGUGACAUGAUUUGGAAACGUCUUCGUGCCUAAUUAAAUCUGAAUUUAGUGAUUGAUGACA